GAUCGGUCAGAUCACAGCUGCGCCCUCCCCCAGCCAUGCUGCAGCCUCUGUCCCUCUCCCUGGCUCUAAGCCUGGCGAUCCAGUGGAUCCUGUGGGCUGUAGCCACUCUGCUUCGCACUGAGAAGUUCUACGAUCUGGCAGGUAGUGGGACAUUUAUUCUUCUGUCACAUCUAAGCCUGCGAUGGACCGGAACAAAGUAUUUGCGCCAGCAAGUGCAGACUGGGCUCAUCACAGUAUGGGGAGUACGCCUUGGUGCAUUUUUGUUCUUACGAAUUCUCCGAGAAGGCCAUGACAGGAGAUUCAAUAAGGUGCGAGAUAAUCCAGGAAUGUUUUUGGUGUACUGGACGGUGCAAGGCAUAUGGAUAUUUGUAACAUUACUUCCAUCUUUAAUGUUAAACCUUGAGAGAAGAAACAAGCCCCUGGGGCUGACGGACUACUUGGGCUGGACUUUGUGGGCUGUUGGAUUCCUCAUACAAGCCGUUGCAGAUCAGCAGAAGUGGAGUUUUAAAGCUGACCCCGAUAAUGCAGGUAAAUUUAUCCAAAGUGGUCUGUGGGCGUACAGCCGGCAUCCAAACUACCUGGGAGAGAUCCUGCAGUGGAGCGGACUCUUCGUUUCUGCCUCGUCCGUGCUCAGUGGUUACCAGUAUCUGAGCGUCAUAUCCCCAAUAUUUGUGUGGUUCCUGCUCAGUUACGUCAGUGGGAUUCCCAUUCUUGAGAGGCAGGCAAUGAAAAGAUGGGGAGAGGACCCAGCAUAUAAGAGCUACAUCCAGCAAACACCUGUACUCUGGCCCUUCAAACUCUAACUUCUGCCUCCAGAGGAGAGGAAGAUAUUGUUAGUGUACAGGGUUUAUACACUGACUGUAUGAUGAAACUUCUCUGGGAGACUCUUCCCGUCAUUACUGUAUAUUAUUUCAUCCGCUUUUCUUUUUUGUUUUAUUUUCCAAAAGUAAGCAGAACUUUAAAUAAAGUUAUUGAAGAAUAAGUUCUGAUCUUUAGCCUGAAAAUCAUAGCAACCCACAGAUGCAUUGCACUUUGGGACUGAACAGAAUGACAUUUCAGCAGAUGAAUCUUACCAGGAAUGACAGAAAUAAUAUAAUCUGUGACCAGUAGCAUGCCCGCCCCUUCUGAGUUUUCAUUUGUUCAGUUACUUAAAGGGGUUAUCCAGGUGUUUAAUAUUGAUGACCUAUCCUUAACAGAGGUCAUCGAUAUGACAUUAGCGGGGGUCCAACUCCCGACAUUCCGGCCAAUCAGCUGUUCGAGGGAACGCCACGGCCUCCUCACAGCUUACUAAGCACGACACCGUCCGUUGGCUAGUGGCUGUGCUUGGUAUUGUAGCUCAGGCCUAUUUUCUUCUUUACUCCCUGCCUUUCCGGAGACUUUUUUUUUUUUUUUUUUCUGUUCACAAAGAUGUAUGAUUGAUUGUUUUUUGUGUCAUAAUUAACUAUUGCAUAUUAUGUAGUGAGAAGUUAGAAAAAAAUUCCAAUUGGUGUGGAAAUGGGAACAAAAUGCAAUUGUGCCAUAGUUUUAUGGGUGUAUAUAUAUAUAUAUAUAUAUAUUUCUUUUUACAACACUCCAUUUGCAGUAAAACUGACCUGCUUGUCAGUACAACCAGCAGAAUAAAGCAAUACCACAUUUAUGUCGUUUUUCUUGUGUUUU